AUGAGCAUCUUGGCCACAGCGAUCGGCCUAUCGCUUCGAGCGGGAGACGCCCUACCAGGCCUACCAAGCGAUCCAAUGACGACGAUCGCCAACUUCCACCAGCGAUCCACCGAGUGUCUGCUACUCUCCCACUACUGGAAGCCCAAGCAGUACACGAUCGAGGCACUGCUCAUGAACCUCCAGAUCGAAUUCAUUCGAAGCAAACAUGCGGAUCUGAGCGUGUGGACACUCACGGGGACCAUCACCCGGCUGGCCAUGAGCAUGGGCUACCAUCGCGACCCGGCGCAGUAUCCCCAGAUCUCAUGUUUUCAUGGCGAGAUGAGACGCCGUGUCUGGGCCGGCAUCGUGCAGCUCGACAUCUUCUUCUCUUUCCAGCUGGGCCUUCCGCGCAUGAUCGCCACAGACCAGUGUGACACUUUGCCUCCACGGAAUCUGCUAGACAGCGAUUUCGACAUCCAUGUCACGGAGCUGCCGCCCGCUCGUCCGGAUACCGAGUACACGCCGCCGUCGUACACGAUAGCGAAAGGCCGGCUGCUGGCCGUCUUUGCCGAUAUCGCUAAUCUGUCUUGCUCUGUCCAAGCGGCGGCAUAUCACCAUUACCUGGCGCUCGACAAACAGCUCAACGAAGCCUACGCCGCCGUGCCCGACCAUCUCCGCGUCCCCUACCACGACGCGGGAGUGACCCUCACGGUCGCCGCACCAGUGAUCGUGCGCCAGCAUCUGUUGGAGCUGCUGUACCAGAAAUCCCGGUGCAUCCUGCACCGCGAGUACAUGGUGAAAGCGCGCAACGACUCGACGUUCAUGUACUCGCGGUCGACCUGCGUUGACGCAGCGAUGGCACUGCUCGCGCAGCAGGUGACGGUGCGCACGCAGGUCCAGGACGGCGGUGUGCUGCACCGCGACCGCUGGCUGAUCAUGACGUCGCUGCAUCACACAGACUUCAUCCUCGCGGCGAUGAUCGUGUGUUUGGAGCUGAGUUUCCGCAUCGAUGGCGGACCCCGUCAGCCCAGGCUUGUUGAUGAGCUAGGCCGCCCCAGGUAUGAGAAUGACACGCUGGUCCAGGCGCUGCGUGGCUCGUAUCAGAUCUGGCUUGAGUGGAAGGGUCAUGCGAAAGUGUCGCCGCAGGCUGCGAGGAUCUUGUCUGUCAUGCUGAGUCGGGCUGCGGUUGGCCCUAGUGUUGCACCGACAUCUGACUUUCCAAGGCCGGGCAUAGCAAGACAGAAUGGUUCCCAUCACGGUAGAUCUCCCUAG